GCAGUCCGUGUGUGUGUGAGAGAACGGAGUCGAGAGAUGCUGCUGCUUCAGAGGACUACGUCAGAGCAAGCACCCUCCUCGUCCUCCCCCUCCUCUCUUGCCAGGAGGUACGCCAGUGUGCCCGCCAGCCCCGAGAAGGUUCUGGAGCACCUGCUGAGCCACCUAUCGCUGGAAGAGGACAGGGGAGCCCUCAGGCAAGACAGACAGAGAGUCUCCUUGAGGACUUUUUGCUGACUUACCCAGUGUUCAUGUCGACCAACGACCUUUGCCAAGCACUUCUAGGAUACUAUUGUUUGAAGCGAGGCAGGAUGAAGGAAGAAGCUAAAGAGACUCUGCUGAGGAAGCGCAAAGUCCUGCACCUGCUGUCCCAGUGGAUCGCACUCUGUCAUGACACACUGCAGGAGGGCGAACACACCAAAGUCUUUAUGAAGAUGCUGUACCGCUACGUUUUGGAUGACCUUUAUGAAUACCCGACCCUGGAGAAAGAGGUGAAGGAGCUCCAGAAACUUCUCCGCAUGCAACGCAGACACACGGUGGAUGAUUAUUCUCCCCAGCGAAAGAAUAAAGCACUUUCCCACCAGCUGAGUCUGAAAGAGACCUGGCAGCCUACAUGCAUGGCCCAGAGGCAGAAUAAGGAAGUUAUGUGUCACGUUUAUGUGACCAUGGACUCAUAUGUGAGUGUGAGGACCCACAGUGAGGUAACUGCACAGGCGCUGCUGGCAGCAGUGGCUGAGAGAUUAGAGUGUGCAGAAGACGACAUGGUGCUGGUGGCAGUCAUCUAUUCCAGAGGGAAGGUGCUGCUCCAGCCGCAGCAGUGUGUGUACUCCGACUCCCUCGGUGCUGUGAGCAGACUGUGUGCGUGCAGAAGAGACCUGACAGAGAUCCCUAGCCUCGUCACAGAUAAUGGACAGAUGCAACAGCCGACAUUUAGGAUGCUGAGUAUGAACACAUGGGAUAUAGCUGUGGCUCUGACCAAUUGUGACUGGAGUCUCUUUAGAAAUCUGAAGGAGCAAGAACUGGUGAAUUUUACACUGAGCCGUGAUUCCUGUUCUGGCCACUCAGCGGCGCUGGAGCUGCUGCUUCAGCGCUGCAACGAAGUUCAGCAGUGGGUGAUGACUGAAGUGCUGCUGUGUCCUACACUCUGCAAACGUGUGCAGCUCUUUAAGAAGUUCAUCAAGAUCGCAGCCCACUGUAAAGCACAGAAGAACCUGAAUUCGUUCUUUGCCAUUAUAAUGGGUUUGAACACUCCAGCUGUCAGCCGGCUGACUCACACGUGGGAGAAAGUUCCUGGGAAAUUCAAAAAGUUGUUCUCCGAGCUUGAGAGCUUGACCGACCCAUCCUUUAACCACAAAGCCUACAGAGAUGCCUUUAAGAAGAUGAAGUCUCCCAAAAUCCCUUUUCUACCUCUGCUACUGAAAGAUAUUACAUUCAUUCACGAGGGAAACAAGACCUUUCUUGAUAAUCUGGUCAACUUUGAGAAACUGCGCAUGAUGGCAGACAUGGUGCGGGUCAUAAGGCACUGUCAGACAGACCACAUGGGAAACAUGUUGACCCAGAAGGAGAGUGCCGAAGUUAAAGCCUACACCAACUAUUUACACAUCAUUGACAAUCAGCAGACUCUGUUUGAGCUUUCACACAGACUGGAGACAAAAGUCUAGGACGUGUGUGUGUGUGUGUGUGUGUGUGUGUGUGUGUGUGUGUGUGUGUGUGUGCGCGCGCAUUACUUAAUGUGUUUUAUUGACUUAGAAAAGAGGUGGUGCCAUAAUCCCUCUUUGGUGCCAAGACACUGAGAAGGAGGCACAAAUAGCACGGAGAGCCACAAGGGGGAGAGACUGAGCCUCACAGACUGCACACUUCAGAGGAAGAGAGAAUCACAAGAAGCCAAGGACCUUUUAGUUUUUUACAAAUGCAUAAAUGUGUAAAGGCACUGAAGAACCUGGGAUGGCUAUUAACCUAGCCAAGGCAAUCAGAAGGAUAUUACAAAUCAACUGAUAUAUCGGAGUACACUGAUCUCUUAUUGACAAGCCUAAAACAGUCAUGUCAUAUGCAUGAAAAUGUUAAUAGAUAAGACAAUCAGAAACAGAAAAAUAAAACAGAAUUCAGCAGU